AGGCUAGAAGACACCUCACGCUACGGGCUAAAGGAAACAGCCCCUUAGUUUCACUUUUCCUUGGAACGCAGCUUUCGAGAGAGAGAGAGAGAAAGAUUUAAGGAACGGCACGAUCUUCCGGAGAAGAAAGUUGAGGAUUUUAGGCUGAAAUCCGUUUAUUUGGAACUGGCUUGAAGCUGAGUUUAGACAAAGUGCUGUUUUUAGGAACUCAGUAGGGAGCAGCUUGCGUAAAAGUGCGUGGAAACGAAUGAGGGCUUUGGAGACUCCAUAGUCUCUCUGUCGCUCCCUGUCUCUUAACUUUUAACCCAUUGCACGAUGGAUCAGGCUGCUAGUGACCCAGGAUCAGGGCAGCGUACAUCUCCGGGAAAAGAUCUGAAAAGGAAGAGAACAGAAAGCGCAGGUAGUCUGUCUCCAGCCAGGAAACGAGUGGCCGCCGAAAUGCCUAUGGCAUUUUCAGGAUUUUCACACGAUAACGAGGUCUCUCUCUUUUUUCCCCCUGACGAGCUCAGAUCAGACUGUCCGCAGAUGUUAGUGCACAGUUUCUCGGCGAUGGAUCGUCACGAUGGGACCAGUAAUGGAACUCCCCGGUUGCCCCAGUUAGGGACAGUCAGCCAGACUCCAUAUCCGACCGCCCCACCGUUAUCUCACACCCCUAACACGGACUUCCAGCCUCCCUACUUCCCUCCUCCGUACCAGCCCAUCUACCCGCAGUCGCAGGACCCCUAUUCCCAUGUGAACGACCCCUACUCGCUGAACUCGCUGCACCCGCAGCCGCAACCGCAGCACCCGAGCUGGCCACAGAGACAGAGUCAGGAGUCGGGGAUCCUGCACCAGCACCGUGGGCUGCCGCAGCUCACUGGCCUGGACCCGCGCAGGGACUACCGGCGGCCCGAGAUCCUCCUCCACGGCACUCACGGACUCGACUCUGGGCUCGGGGAAGGAUUGCCCCUCCACAACAUCGGACACUCCAUCGAGGAUGUACAGCAUGUUGAUGACCAGGGUAUUAACAUCCCGGACCAAACCGUCAUUAAGAAAGGUCCAGUGUCCAUCUCCAAGUCCAGCUCUGGGGCUGUCACCUCGAUCUCACUCAACAAGGACGGGCUCUUCGGAGGGGUUGCCAACCCGAACGAGGUGUUCUGUUCAGUUCCGGGUCGCCUCUCCCUCCUCAGUUCAACAUCAAAGUACAAGGUGACGGUGGCGGAAGUGCAGAGACGCCUGUCUCCGCCCGAGUGUCUCAACGCCUCGUUGCUGGGGGGAGUGCUCAGGAGGGCGAAGUCUAAAAAUGGAGGAAGGUCCUUAAGAGAAAAAUUAGACAAAAUUGGAUUAAAUCUACCAGCAGGUAGACGCAAAGCUGCUAACGUUACGCUGUUGACCUCACUUGUUGAGGGUGAAGCUGUGCAUCUUGCUCGGGAUUUUGGUUACGUUUGCGAAACAGAAUUCCCAGCCAAAGCAGCAGCUGAGUAUGUCAACCGGCAGCAUUCUGAUCCCAACGAACAAGUCACACGCAAAAACAUGCUCCUCGCAUCAAAACAAAUCUGCAAAGAAUUUACAGACUUGCUGACUCAGGACAGAUCGCCUUUGGGGAAUUCUCGACCAGCGCCGAUCUUGGAGCCUGGCAUUCAGAGUUGCCUCACCCACUUCAGUCUCAUCACACACGGCUUCGGAAGCCCCGCUCUUUGCGCUGCUAUGACCGCCCUGCAGAACUAUCUGACCGAAGCACUCAAAGCCAUGGACAAAAUGUACAUGAACAAUACUCCCAACAGCCACACGGGCGAAAACCCCAGUAAAAGCGGAGACAAGGACGAGAAGCACAGAAAGUAAUGGAAAUAGCAAAACUACAAUUUCAUAACAAAAUAAAAAAAGUUGUCAUAUAAGUGUGACUGUUUUCCCUCAACCUGGAGUCUGGAGCCUUAGAGAGCAGAGCAGGCGAUGAAGAAUUUUGAACUGCUUUUGGCAAAACAAAAAGUUUCUGAACUUUUUACCAAGUUAAAGUUUCAUCGGACUGCACCCUGGUUGACAUAUCCCGUUGUUUAUCUCUGUUAGGAUUGUAGUCACAGUCAUUUAAAGAAGGUAACGAGGAUACAUUUUAUCAGUAUUGUGAAUAAACUUGAACAGUUCCUCUGUCAUAAACUUCGUUGUAGAAAAAAUAAUCCUCUAAGGUAACGGUCAACUUGAACAUUUAUUUCAACCCAGUUCACGGUUUAAUAAGGGAAACAGUGUUCAUGUAUGUAUAUAUUUAUUUAUGUGUAAUUUAAUGGGAAUUGUAAAUAUGGUGCGUCUGUUUAAACCUUUAUUUUAUUUAUCUGGUGAUAUCGUUUACCUCCUGUUAGUGGGUUUUAAUCUUCAUCAGUUAGUUCUUUACGUGAUUUUAUGGUACUUAUUUAGAAAGGUAUUGGGUAUACUCUGGGAGACACAUUUUAGCCCUCUGUAGCAUGUUGUGAUGACAAGCAGUUGAACAAAUCCAAGAGAGGAGAAAAAAAAGAGUUUUAUAUGAUAAGCAUCGAAUUUAGUUUAUAACAAGACAGAACCCUGAAUAAAAAAAACAAUAAUAAUUAAAAAGAAGCAUCUGCAAUGUUUUGUGUUUUAAAAUAUCCCAUGUGUUGUGACAAAGAAAUUACCUGACACCAUGUCUCUUUCCCUACCGAAGAGCCAGAGCAAUAAACUGAUAUUGUCUAUAGAACGGUUUAGUAUUUUAUUGUUGAACUGACAGCAUUUGGGACGACCUGAUAUCUUGUAUGUCCGCUGGCCAAAUUGGAAGCAGUUUUUAGCUGUAUUAUAUAGAGUUGUGUUGGCAAUAGUUUACAUGCCUGUCGAUGUAUCAUAGCCCUUUGUUGCCCAGAUAAAUAAAUAUUUGAUACGCUUUA